GUUUUACCCCUCAAUCUCCGCUCCGCCUCCGGUUCCGCAUCGCCAUUCGUAGAGCGUUAAAUAUUAACCUCCCCCCUUCUGCGUUCCGUUCCUUCUCUACUUCCAUCCGCUUCCCUUCGCUUGCCGGAGGGAGCGGUGGAUCGCCGUGGUUUUCAAUUUUGUAAGGCCGACAAUUGUGACAGAUCCCAGCGGAAGCACGCGAUACGAGGCUUUGUAUUUGAGUGGGAGAGAAAGAGGGGAAUUUUUUUUUUUAAAAAAAAAUAUGUAUAUAUAUUUUUUGGUUGCUGCGGGCGGGAGGAGCGUGGCGUUCUUGCUUGCAUAGGAGGGGAAAAGGAGAGGGGGGAGGGGUGGGCAUCGGAGAGGUUGGACGCUCGCGCACGGCACGGGUGCCGAGGUGAUCCCGUAGGGGAUUCCCCCUGGCGGCCGCCUCCUUGCCUUAUGGCGUAAUCUAUUCCUCUCCCCUCCCCCGUGGAUCAAUGUUUUUUAUAUGCAGCCAGCGUUCGACUCCCUUGCCCUGUGCUGUUUCCGGAGGUUGUUGGCAAGCAGAGGAAGAAACGACAAUCGUUUGACAAAAGGCAACAAAUGUCAGGAAGUAAGUCUGUUUCUUCUUCACUAGAUGCACUUUAUAAUACUCCAUCCAGCCCCCCUGAACUCUCAGAACUUUCAAAGAGUUGGAUUCCUAAUGACUUGAAGACUAAAUUAAAUAUCGGAUAUGGUCUGAUGGAACCACAGAAAUUCACCAGCAUAUCUACUACUCCAAGAGUUACUAGCCAUGCUGCUGUUCCACAGGCUGAUCUGUUGUCUCUUCCUUCUUCAAUAUGUUGUGAAGGAAACACAAGGGAUAUCAGUGGCUCACACUAUGAGAAUGGACUUUUCUCCUGCUCCUUUUCGAAGAUAUUUGACAAAAAAGCAAGGUUGUCAUCAAACAUUUCGUCUUUAGUGCAAUCUAUUGAUUCAAUCAACUUGAACUAUGGUGAAGAUGAACCUUUUGAAUCGAUGAAGGAAAUUGAAGCUCAAACUAUUGGAAACCUACUUCCUGAUGACGAUGAUUUACUUUCUGGUGUUAUUGAUGAUGUUGGAAAUAGUGAACUCAAUGGUAGAAAUGACAUUGAUGAUGACAUAUUUUACUGUGGUGGCGGAAUGGAACUUGAAAAUGAUGAUAAUCUCAAUGUCAAUAAACCAUCUGAUUUUGCUGGAAGAAGGGCUUCAAAUGGCCAACAAGGGGGUCUAGUUGGUCCAUUUUCUGGCAAACAUCCAUUUGGUGAACAUCCUUCAAGAACUCUUUUUGUUAGAAAUAUCAACAGUAAUGCAGAGGAUUCAGAGCUGAGGACUUUGUUUGAGCAAUAUGGUGACAUACGAACACUUUAUACCACUUGCAAGCAUCGCGGUUUUGUUAUGAUUUCGUACUAUGAUCUAAGGGCAGCACAAAAUGCAAUGCAAGAACUUCAAAAUAAGCCAUUGAGGGGUCGAAAGCUUGAUAUACACUUCUCUAUUCCAAAGGACAAUCCUUCUGAGCAAGAUAUAAAUCAGGGGACACUUAUUGUGUCCAACCUCGAUUCCUCAGUUAUAAAUGAUGAGCUUCAUCAAAUAUUUGGUGUUUAUGGUGAAAUAAAAGAGAUUCUAGAUACUCCAUAUCAGCAUAAUCACAAAUUCAUAGAAUUUUAUGAUAUUAGAGCUGCUGAAGCUGCUCUUCAUGCUCUUAAUUGGAGUGAUAUUGGUGGCCAAAAAAUUAAAUUUGGGCUUAGCUGCACUGGAGAUGGAAGACAGUGUUUGAUGAACAAGAUACCCCAAGAGAUGGGGCAGAAAGAACUAAAUGGAUUCUGCUUCGGAAGCCCUAAUGAAUCUUUGUCUGGCUGCCCUGGGUGCUUUGGAUCAUCCUUGUUUGGCAGCAGUUUUGAAAAUGGAACUAUCCAGGAUUUUAAAUCUGCACAAGCCCCAUCUAUUUCUAUUGUGGAAGCUAAAUUCAAUGGAAGUUUACCUAGCAUACCACCGAAUCUUCCUUCCCCUAAAUCAAUUGCAUCAAAUUGUAAUCGCACCAAUCAACCAGUUCAAGGUGACAUGAACCUUUCUCUGGGACAGAUGAGUUUUGGAUUUCAAGAUAUGCCUGCUCUCCAUCCUCACUCUCUUCCAAAUUAUGACAAUGGAAUGAAAAAUGGCAACCCAUACAGCCCAAGUACUCGAGCCAUGGGUGUUGGAGUCAUCUCUAGACCUGCUGAAGGUAUUAAUAAAAGGAAUAUACAAACAAUAUGCUCUGGUAGCUUAGCUGGAGAUUGUUUUGAUACUAAUCAAGCUUUUGGACUUCCUACAAAUGGAAGCUGCUCUCUUUCUAGAAAUCAGCAUGUUUGGAGUAAUGAAAAUGCACACCAGGACAAAUCCCCUAACCCAGUCUUUUGGAAGAACUCACUUUCUUUGGUAAACAGCAUUCCUACCCAUCAUCAAUCACAGAUCUAUGGAUCUCCUAGUGGGCAAUCUCACAUGUUCAACACAGUCCUUCCUACGCAUCAUCAUGUUGGAUCUGCACCUGCUCUCAAUCCAUCACUUUGGGAUAGAAGAUAUGCCUACUCUGGAGAUUCCAUGGAGCCCCAUGCUUUUCACCCUGGAUCUCUUGGUAGCAUGGGACUUUCUGCAAUUUCUCAAUUACAUUGGCUAGAGCUUGCUUCUCAUAACAUAUUUUCUCAUGCUGCUGGAAAUUGUAUUGAACCUUCUAUAUCUGCGGCACAUAUUGGAAUUCCUUCAUCUCAGAAUAGGGGGCAAUUUUAUCAUGGAAGGAACCAUAUAUUUCCUAUGCCCAAUUCUUUUGAUGUCCCUGCUGAGCGAAUUAGGAACAGGAGAAAUGAUGCAAAUUCAAAUCAGAGCGAUAGUAAGAAGCAGUUUGAACUUGAUAUUGAGCGAAUUAUACGUGGUGAAGAUUCUCGCACGACACUAAUGAUAAAAAACAUCCCCAACAAGUACACUUCUAAGAUGCUCUUGGCUGCAAUUGAUGAAAAUCAUCAUGGAACAUAUGAUUUCAUCUAUUUGCCAAUUGAUUUCAAGAACAAAUGCAAUGUUGGUUAUGCGUUCAUAAACAUGACCAACCCUCAACAUAUCAUUGUGUUCUAUCAGUCAUUUAAUGGUAAGAAAUGGGAAAAGUUUAAUAGCGAGAAAGUUGCAUCUCUUGCAUAUGCUAGAAUCCAAGGAAAAGCUGCUCUUAUUGCUCAUUUUCAAAACUCAAGUCUGAUGAAUGAGGAUAAACGAUGUCGUCCUAUCCUCUUCCACACAGACGGUCCUAAUGCUGGGGAUCAGGAGCCUUUUCCCGUGGGCAAUAAUAUCAAGUCAAGGUCUGGCAGAUCUAGAACAGCUUGUAUCGAAGACAACCAUCUGAAGGAAUCCUCUAGCCUAGCAAGUGGCGAAGAUUCCUGUGAUGCCAUGGCUUUCCUUCCAGGUUCCUAGAAGGAUUCACUGUGACAUAAGCCCCUGGCAUAAGGAGGCACUAACUUUGAGGCAAACUUGAACCAUAAUGCUGUUUCCUUCUCUCUAUUGUUUUUAUAAGAUUCAGAGUUUCUUUUGCAAAUAUGUCGGUUGUGGUUGCCUUUGGGAGCCUUUACACCUGUCAUAACCGCGUCAAGAAGCUUUCAAUUUUCUUGGAGUAUUUAAUGAGCCAGUGAUAUAGUAACCUGUCAAAGGAUGUGUGAGGCCUUAAGAUUUUGAAUUUUCUGUAAGAGGAAAAACAAUGUACAGAAAUUUUAAGAGAAAUGACUACCAUUGCGGCUGCAGAAGGUUUUUUCCA